ACAAGUGCCACCGAUAUUAGUGUUGUGUAGCUGUGUUACUGCUAAAUUGUUUAUUGCAAAAAUCUGCAAACGGAGGAUAGUAGGCUAAAUAGAGGAUAGUACAAGUCGGCGAAAUGUGUUAGAUGUUUAAGUUGCUGACUAAUACUGGGUGGAAGGUAAUCAGUUGGAAUCGCCGCAAGACACGAUGCAGCCGCCGAGGGAAAACGUCGAUCUGGAGUGCUUCCUGGUGACCAAGCACUCCUGGAAGGGCAAGUACAAGCGCAUCCUCUCCAUCGGCACGGCCGGCAUAUCCACCUACAAUCCGGACAGGCUCGACCUGACCAAUCGAUGGUCCUACUCGGACGUCGUGGCAGCAGCUCCCUCCAAGACCUCAAAUAUUCCCAAUGAGUUUGUGCUGACCAUCAAGAAGGACAAGAAACUGGAUACAAUCAAGUUGUCGUCGGAGUACCGCAAUGAUAUACUUAGCUCAAUAUUAAAAUACUACAAGGAGUUUGCUGACAAGCCGAAAAAUGCUCAGCGCUUCAGUGCCUACAAGUACCACUGGUCGGGCAUCAGCCUGCCCACUGUGCUGGAGGUCACGCCCUGCUCUCUGGAUCAGCUUGAUCCAACGACCAACGACGUCCUGGCCAGCUAUAUGUACAAGGACAUCGAGGGAAUAAUAGCAGGCAUCUCGGACUAUGAGGGAGGAAUUGUGAUGGCCUAUGGUGGCUUUAGUCGCCUGCAUCUAUUCAAGGCGCUGAAUCACCACGAGAUCGUGCAGAAUAUAGCACAGAGAUCGGCCCAGUUUCUGGGCAUCGAAACCAAAAUACUCAAGAGUCAGAUCACGCUGGAGCAGUUCGAGAGGCAGCGUUUUGGGAAGUUCAGCGGCGACCAGUUUCAAACCUCGUCAACCGAGUUCUCAGUGCAUAAGAUAACGCCCCGCCAUCCGGAUCCGGUGAAACGCAUCCUUUGCCUUACGGAAGUGACGCUGCUGGAGCGGGAUCCUCAAACAUAUAGCGUCUGCACCCUGCGCCCUCUUACCGACGUGUUCGCCCUGGUUCGCGACAAGGACAAUCUGCAGCGCUUUAGCAUCGAGUACAAGAACGGAAUAGUCCGCAGCUACAGCACCAACGAUCGAGACUCGCUGUUGGCCACUGUUCUGGAUGCAGUGCGCUCCAGUGGCAACCAGGAUGUUCACGUUCGCAUUGGCAACACCCCGCGUGGCAAGCGUUAUGUGCCUCUGAACAGCUCCGUAGACGAGGAGACGGAGGCGAACUUGAUGCGUCUGGUCAUCAACAAUUUCCAAAACCCUUCUAAGCGCUACGAAAUCCUGGAGCGCUUUAAUGCUAAUGUGCCUCACAGUGGCCUUAACUACAGUGUGACUCAGGAUAGUUUGUUUGCCGAAAACAAAGAUAAGCUCAUUUUAAGUGCCCUACAGGCGUUGGCGCAAAAAGAGCUGGACAGCCCCACGGCACAGCUAAGUAACUUGGAGCUGGAGGCUAUAUUCCAUGCACUUACGCGUCUGCUAGCCAGCAAAGUGGGCUACGCAGCCUUUACGAAUCUCACUGGUUUUCGUGAGAUCAUCGGUACAAAGGUGGUGGCCGCUUUAAGGCGCAAGGAUCUGGCUGUGACAUACUCCGCCAUUGACAUGAUAAACUCACUAAUGCAUUCUGUUAAUUCUGACCACGAUUUAAAGCAGGAGCAACUAAAUAAAUCAUCUAUUCUGUCAUCGAAAUCGUUUCUGGAAACCCUGCUAAAUAUGUGGACAACCCAUGUGAGCCAUGGCAGUGGUGCUCUGGUGCUUUCAGCAAUGCUGGACUUCAUGACCUUUGCCUUGUGUGUGCCUUACAGCGAGACCACUGACGGCAAGCAGUUCGAUAUUUUGCUGGAGCUGGUCGCCGAUCGUGGUCGCUAUUUGUACAAACUAUUCCAGCACCCGUCGUUGGCGAUCGUGAAGGGAGCUGGUCUGGUCCUACGGGCCAUCAUAGAGGAGGGUGAACUGCCGGUGGCGCAGCAAAUGCAGGCUUUGGCUUUGGAUGAGGCGGCGCUGUGCCGGCACUUGCUGGUGGCCCUGUACACACCGUCCAAUGAUCCCACCCAGACCACUCAACGUCAGUUGUCGCGACAUUUAAUUGGACUGUGGCUAACGGACAGCGAGGAGGCCAUGGAGCUGUUUAAACGCAUCUUUCCCGCUGGCCUGUUGACCUUCUUGGAGUCGGAGGACUCUGUUCCAGAGUCAGAUGUCGAGGAGGACAAACUAAAUUUCCGAGACAAUCUCAAAUUCGCAAUACAACAUUCCAACAAAACCCGCAAAAAUGUGAUAGAGAAGCAUUUACAAGGCAUCAAGCACUGGGGCAUGAACCUCAUCGAGAAGCAGGAUGGAGCGGCUCAGGCGCUGAAGAACCGUCCAGUGGUGCUGCGAAAUCGACGCCAGAAGAAAAAGACAUCUGAUGUCGUUGUGAAUCUGCCUUUCUUCUUUUACAGCUUUGCCAAAGAUCAUAGUCUCCCAAAUUUAAUAUGGAAUCACAAGACCCGUGAGGAGUUGCGCAUGUGUCUGGAGAACGAGCUGCGGCAGUUCCUUAACGAUCGUGACUUGGCUGGCCAGAUGAUUGUUGCUUGGAAUUAUCAGGAAUUCGAGGUUGGCUACCAAUGUCUAGCUGAUGAAAUCAAAAUUGGAGAUUAUUACAUUCGUUUGAUCCUGGAGAAGGACGACUGGCCCCAGAAUCUAGUGAAGGAUCCAAUUGAGCUGUUUAAUGCCUUGUAUCGACGCGUGUUGUGCCGCCAGCGCGUAAAUGAUGACCAGAUGACUGUGUUUUCCCUGCAGGCUUUGGCUAAAGUCUACCGCCGUUACCAUGCCGAGAUUGGCAAGUUUAACGAUAUGUCUUAUAUUCUGCAGCUCAGCGAUAGGUGUCUAUCCCCCUCCAUGCGCGAUGCCCUGAUCAACCUGAUUUCUUGCCUGGUUCUGGAGAAAUCCAACAGUCGAGCCCUCAUCGAUCAUGUACAGUGCCUAGUGGAUCUCAUCACUCUGGCCCAUCUGCACAAGGGACGGGCCCAGCUCAAUACCAAAACGAAUGUUAUUGAAGCAGGUCCCAAUAUGGCUGCGUACGAAGAGAAGGAUUGGUACUACAACAUCGAGAAGGAUGGCCAGAAGCCUGAGCGUCAGGGACCCAUCACUUAUUCGGAGCUCAAGGAACUUUGGCAGAAGGGACUCAUCACGCCAAAAACUCGUUGCUGGGCCAUCGGCAUGGAUGGCUGGCGAUCGCUACAGCAGAUCCCCCAACUGAAGUGGUGCCUCAUCGCCAAGGGCACACCGCUCUACGACGAAACUGAGCUGUCUUCAAAGAUCCUAGACAUACUGAUCAAGUGUACCAGCUUCUUUCCAAGUCGCACCCAAAAUGGUGUAGCAGUGCUCAUCCCAGGUCCAAAGUUGUCGCGCAAACUUUCGGAGUUCAUCUGCCUUCCCCAUGUGGUACAAGUGUGCCUAACCCACGAUCCCGGAUUGCUUGAGCGCGUGGCCACGCUGCUCUACCAGAUUAUGGAGGACAAUCCGGAAAUGCCCAAAGUCUACCUCACGGGAGUCUUCUACUUCAUGCUCAUGUACACAGGAAGCAAUAUUCUGCCGAUCACCAGGUUCCUCAAGAUGACGCAUAUGAAGCAGGGAUUCCGCAGCGAAGAGACCUCUCAAUCCGGCAUCAUGCACCGUAGCAUCCUUGGUCAGCUGCUGCCCGAGGCUAUGGUCUGUUUCCUGGAAAACUAUAGCGCAGAAAAGUUUGCGGAGAUAUUCCUUGGCGAGUUCGACACGCCCGAGGUGAUAUGGAGCUCAGAGAUGCGACGUCUACUAAUAGAGAAAAUCGCCGCCCAUAUCGCGGACUUCACGCCUCGACUUCGUGGCCAUACAAUGGCUAGGUAUCCGUACUUGGCCAUUCCAGUGAUCAGCUACCCACAGUUGGAGAAUGAGCUUUUCUGUCACAUCUACUACCUGCGUCAUCUGUGCGAUACCCAAAAGUUCCCCAACUGGCCCAUCUCAGAUCCGGUGCAACUCCUUAAGCACACACUCGACGCCUGGCGCAAGGAGGUGGAGAAGAAGCCUCCUCAGAUGACAAUCCAACAGGCCUACCAAGACUUAGGCAUUGACCUCACCAAGACUCCUAAGCCAGAUGAGUCAAUGAUUCGCAAGAGCUACUACAAGCUGGCGCAGAUGUAUCAUCCUGACAAGAAUCCCAAUGGGCGAGAGAUUUUCGAGAAAGUGAAUCAGGCGUAUGAGUUCCUUUGUUCGCGAAACGUCUGGAGCUCGGGUGGGCCAGAUCCCAAUAAUAUUGUGCUUAUACUGCGCACACAGAGCAUUCUAUUUGAGCGUUAUCCGGAUGUUUUGCGACCGUACAAAUAUGCUGGCUACCCACAGCUCAUUAAGACCAUUCGCCUGGAGACCCGGGAUGAUGAGCUUUUCUCCAAAGAGGCCCAACUGCUGACAGCUGCCUCUGAGUUGUGUUACCACACAGUUCAUUGCUCCGCCUUAAAUGCUGAAGAACUGCGUCGGGAGGAAGGUAUCGAGGCGCUUCUGGAGGCCUAUACCCGCUGCGUUUCCAUUCUGGGAGUAGACUCCAAGCCGGAUUCACUGCACUACCAGGUCAUAUCGAACGUGACGCGCUGCUUCGAAGUAGCGUGUAACUUUGAGAAGUGCAAGCAGAAGAUCAUCCAGCUGCCACAGCUGCUGUCGGACGUGUGCCGGGUGGUCUACUUCAAGCACACGCUCUCGGUAAGCUUGGUGACUAGUCUGGCGGCCAACAACUACGACCUGCAAUGUCAACUGUCUCGAAAUGGCGUGCUUUGGUCCCUGCUGCUGUUCAUCUUCGAGUACGACUACACGCUGGACGAAAGCGGUGUAGAGGUCAGCGACAAGUCUAACCAGCAGCAGCUGGCCAACAACCUGGCAAAGAUGGCCGUCCUCGGGUGCAUCUCCUUGGCAGGUUACAGCAUGGAGCUGCGACAAAAGCCGGUGACGGGAAGCGAAGCAAACUCGCCAGCGGGCAAGGCGCCACCAGCCAUCAAACCGAAGCCAUCUUUGCCUGCUGCCUCUAGCUCAACGUACACCCAGAACGCCCACAAUCCGCUGCAGAGCAAACAGCUGGCCAUCACGAGCGGGAAGGAAAAGGAGCCGGACACCUCGUCCGGUAGCAGUGACACCUCAAGUUCCACGCCCACCGAAAGCGAGCAGCAACAGCAGCUGGCAAAGAGCAGUCCCAGUGCCAUCCAGCAGAAGUACAUUGUGACUGGGGAAGCGAAAAACGCACUGAUCAAGAAGGUGCUGGAUCGCCUGCUUACCCGUUACAUAGCCAACCAGUUGGCAACGGGCCGCGACAGUGACGUGCUCAAGCUGCUCACGGCGAACACCCGAAAUCCCUACCUCAUCUGGGACAAUGGCACCCGCGCUCAGCUCAAGGAUUUCCUGGAGCAGCAGCGGACGGCUUCCGCCAAGGAGACGCUUGAGGACAUUACCCAGGUCGCUGAGCUGGUUUCAAGCUUUGAGUUCGAUGCACACAAAGACGAGCUGCAGAUCGGCGGUAUAUUCAUACGCAUCUACAACGAUAUGCCCACCCAUCCCAUUGCUCAGCCGAAGCUUUUCAUCAUGGAUCUGCUGGAAUACCUAAAGCACGCCUUUCAGUUUCUGCAGUACAAGAAGAAUCCGGCAUCAGCUGCUGGUGCCGCUAGCGCUGCUCCUAAAAUGGGCAGUGAUGGCAUUCUGACCCCCACUCUAGCGCCCAAUCAUCCCCAGUUGCAGCAGGCUUCGACUGGCAAACCAGGCAGUACCUUCGAUGAGGUUCUUACUGCUUACAACCGAUCGAAGAGCCGGAAAAAACUGGAGACGGACGCCCAGACGGAACAGCAGUUGGCCUUGCAGCAGAGCAAAUAUGACUUCGGCAGCGACACAAAGCUUGAGCUGCACAUCACCAUGGUGCUGAAAGCAUUGAUAGCAGUGAUCAAGGCGAACGCCGAGGUGGAGAUCCAGUGCAUCGGAAACUUUGACAUGAUCUUUGGUUUCCUGGCCAGUAACAUAUUCUCCGAUAACUCUACUGUUAAAACGGUGGCCUUGGAGGUGGUUUCUCUGGUCUCGCGAAACAAGGAGUGCGUCUCGGAGGUGGCAGCCUGUGAGAUUCUGGGCAACUAUCUGGUGGCCCUCAAGGAUCCAGAGCUGCGUGCCAGCCAAGUGAAAGUGCUGGAAACUCUGUCAGGACUGAUGAACGUGCAAGAGAUGAUUAAGGAAGCCCAGACCAAGGGCGCCACCAUCUAUCUGUUGGACAUGUUCAGCAACUCCCGUAACCCGCAGAUCCGCGAGAUGUGCGCGGGAAUUCUAGCUAAGAUGACGGCGGAUCGCCUUAGCGGUCCCAAGGUACGGAUUACGGUGUCAAAAUUCCUACCAGCUCUGUUCAUCGAUGCCAUGGUGGAGUCGCCGCCCACGUCCGUGCAGCUCUUCGAGUCUAUUCACGAACAUCCAGAGCUGAUUUGGAACGACAGCACGCGAUCGAAUGUCUGCGAUGCUGUGGCCGAUACGUGCCAAAGGUUCUAUCAGCUGCAGAAGCAGAAUCCCCGCCAUGUGUGGAAGGAUCCAGAAAUACUUAAAGACAUUGUAUCCAAUGAAAUCGUCGUGGCCGGCGUCUACCUCCGACUGUUCGUCAGCAAUCCUGCCUGGACGCUGCGCAAGCCGAAGCAAUUCCUCUCCGACCUCCUGGACUUUGUCGUUGAGCAGAUCGGCAAGAGUUCCUCCGAGCAGGAUGUGCUCGACCUGUCCACCACGGCGCUGGUUGAGCUUCUACGCUCGCAGCCCAAUCUGGCGGACGACAUACCAGUGCUUGGACACAUACCAAAACUGUUUAACCUGCUCUCGGUGCAGCCAAAGAACACGCUAUCAGUAUUACAUCAGCUCUCGCUGUCUGAGUUCUGCGUGAGUGCCAUUUCGCAGACGGAGUGUGUGGCGCCGUUAAAGAAGUGCAUGGAGCACAACAGGGAUUGCAUCGAGAAGGCCUGCGAGGCUCUCAGCCGCCUUUUUAAGCACCAGCAUGACUCUCUUAUCAGUCAAUCCCUAGAAGUGGGUCUUAUACCAUUUCUGCUGGGAUUGCUGGACAGUCGUCUUGAGUUCGUGGACAAUCCUUCGGCGGUUAAGGCGCAAAUAGUGGCGGCGCUAAAAGGCAUGACGCACAAUCUCAAUUACGGCGAUCGGGUCACGCAGAUCCUGCUCAAGCAUCCCGUGUGGGCCGAGUUUAAGGAUCAGCGCCACGACCUGUUCAUCGCCGACACCACUAUACGUGGCUAUCUGACGGGUGUCAAUCCCACGGCUGGCUACCUGACGGCGGGUCCUGCGCAAAGCGUGGAAGUCCUCACCUCACCGCCGCCCAUCGAUCGCGACGAUCCUUCGGCCCGUCCACCCAUCGAUUAGCGACUUGUUAUCCGCCGGACCAAGGCUAAGGCCUAGGCCGGCAUUUGAGUUGAUUAUGCUAUUAUGGAGCCUUCGAUUGCCACGGAAUCAGACAUAUGGAAACGGACACGGACUUGCACGGGUUUCCCCCCAAUUAUUGUAUUAAACUUUUUCAUAUUUUUUACACUCGCAGCCAAUUGUACGUAGCGUGGAAAAGGCAGGCGCGGCAAUCGUCAGCCCGCAUAUUAUUAAAUUGUAACAAAGUUUCAUUUUUUAUAUUUAUAAAAAAAAUUGUAUAAAUAAUUAGUUAUUAGUUUAUACACCGAUCAUAAACAACCUAACUAGAGCAUGCAUAAAGUGAUUAUACAUAUUAUGGAAUAAAGCCGAUUCAUUAAAAAUGAAA